AUGUCGGAUCAUAGUGCGAAGAGAAGGAAAAUUAGUCCUUCUCCAGAGAAUGGGCAGAAUGGACACGACCAGGUUGCUUCAAAAAAUGCCAACAAGAAUGCUUCUUCGAUAACAACUAGUACAACCAAGAGAGGGAAAAAUGUCACAGCAGAGCUUGCGCUUGCCAGUGGCUUUUACAAAUCGAGCUUCUUCAAGCUACAGAUGGACGAGUUAUUGACCGAGUUGCGACCGAACUACGAUAAACAAGUCUCGAAGAUACAAGGCACUCUCCACAAGUUAAAGGAAAUAAUUGAACGCGUCCCUGAUCGUGAACCGAAGCCUGCAUUAGUUGCUGAAAAAGAAUUGCGCGGCGAACAUGGCAUUGCCGUUCCAUACCCUUCGCCCCGGCCAGGAAAAGAUACGAAGUAUAGCGUGUCGUAUGCGAAGCCGACGAACGUUAAUGUGGUGGGUAGUUUCGCUCUCAGGACUGGCAUAAGGUCGCAAGCGGCGUACACAGUUGAUUUGGCAGUGACGAUGCCAAGCAGCCUCUUCCAAGAGAAAGACCAUGUCAAUCACAGAUAUUUUCACAAGCGGGCGUACUACAUCGCAUGCCUUGCUGCCGGUAUCCGGGAAGCAAACGACUUGAACGUCGAUGUUAAAUUUGGAUUUCAGGAUGGGGACAAUCUCCGUCCGCUUGUCAUCGUGCAGCCCGGAGAGAAUAGCGACAUGCCCACUAGAUCGCAAAUCCGUAUUAUCACCGCUGUUGACGACAAACUAUUUCCGAUUGCGCGUACCUUACCUUCGAAGAAUAACAUACGCCAGGGUUCAUCGGCAGAGAAGCCCGACCAUGAACAGUCUACGCCUUUUUACAAUGCAGCACUUCGUUCGGAAGCUACUGUGGCUCUAUACCACAAGUAUAUAUAUUCGGCUUCUCGAAGAUGCGAAGCUUUUCGAGAUGCUUGUGUCCUUGGCCGUACAUGGCUCCGACAACGAGGAUUUGAAUCUUCGUUUCAAAGUGGUGGGUUUGGUGGGUUUGAAUGGACUGCCCUCAUGUCUUUGCUGUUUGAAGGCGGAGGGCCAAACGGAAAACCCAUUCUUCUACCAUCCUACAGCAGUUAUCAGUUGUUCAAAGCCACUAUACAAUUCUUAGCGGGUCGGAAUCUCAGCGAACCCUUGCUAUUUUUCGCUUCCGACGUACCGCUUCCCCCUGGUGGCCCAGUCUUGUAUGAUGGCAAGAGAGGUCUGAAUCUUCUCUAUAAGACGAUGCCUUGGUCCUAUGAGUUGCUCCGCCAUGAGGCCAUGACUACUCUCAGGAUGUUGAAUGAGUCUCGUGAUGACAACUUUGAAAAGGUUUUCAUACUCAAAGUAAAUGAGCCCAUGCUGAGAUAUGACCGGCUCGUUUCCCUCCCAUAUUCUGACAAUGGAGACAUCCUUCAAACGAUUCGCCACCAAGCUGCAGUGCAUGAGGUGGUCUCAAAAGCACUCGGAAACAGAGCCAACCUAGUUUCGCUAAGCAGUCGCAGCAUCGAACCUUGGGCUGUCUGUGGAAAGCCUUCAUUGAAGAAAGACGGUGGAAACAUCAACAUUGGGUUACUCCUGGAUUCUGAAAACGCAUCGCGUGUUGUUGACCACGGUCCAUCCGCUGAGGAGAAGGAAGAAGCGGCAUCAUUUCGAGCUUUCUGGGGGGAGAAGGCGGAAUUAAGACGUUUCAAGGACGGCAGUAUCCUUGAGAGUUUGGUGUGGUCUGAUCAACCAUCUUCGCCAUCUAUAGUACGUCAAAUCUUGGGUUAUAUUCUUCGUCGCCAUUUCGAUAUCACCGAGCAGGACAUCGGGUAUGUUGGCGAUGAGUACGAUGAGAAACUCCGUGUCGGCGGCGAUGGCAUUGUUUCGUACAACAGCCCAUCGUUCCAGCUUAUCGCCGAUGCUUUCAACUCGUUAGAACGAUCUAUCCAGAGCAUGGAUGAUGUACCAUUGACGAUCAGGCAGCUGGCCCCUGCCAGUCCCAUUGCUCGAUACACUGCGCUUCGAGCCCAGAAUAGUGACAAGCCGGCAGACAUUGUUCUUAAAUUUGAGAGCUCUGCACGUUGGCCUGAUGACCUUGUGGCAAUCCAGAUGACGAAAAUUGCGUUCCUUCUGAAGAUAGGCGACUCCCUAGAAUCAUCAGGAGCUGCUUCGUCGUGUCGGGUUGGACUGGAGAACGAGUCAAGCAAGAUCCUGAACAAUGCCUUCCUCGACAUAACCCAUGAGACUGGUGUUCCUUUCCGUCUUAGAAUACAUCAUGACAGAGAGCAGACAUUACUGGAGCGUCAACUUAAGGACAAGAGCAUCAGCCCGCGCACGAAGGAAGAGGUUGCUUAUGCUCUAUCUGUCUAUAAGCGACAUUUUAUCCAAUCGCCCCGUUUUACACAAGCAAUCAGAACGUUAUGCACUCGCUUCCCGCUACUGUCGCCCACCAUCCGCCUGGUCAAAUAUUGGUUCAACUCCCAUCUUUUCGCAGGCCAUGUCAACGAAGAGUUGAUUGAACUACUGACCGUCCGCACUUUCACGCAGCCAUACCCUUGGGAAUCCCCAUCCAGCGUUAUGGCCGGGUUCUUGAGGACCCUCCAUUUUCUUUCUCGGUGGGAUUGGCAGCAGGAGCCUCUGAUAGUCGACCUUGGCGGAGAAUUGAACCAUGAUGUCAUUGAGACGAUACGCACGCGCUUUUCUGCGUGGCGAAGCAUUGAUCCUGCCAUGAACGCUGUUGUUAUGUUCGCAGCGUCGGAUGUCGACACUGACGGAGUAACUUGGACCCAAUACGAAGCGCCUCCCAAGGUCGUGGCCGCUCGUAUGUUAACUCUAGCCAAGGCAGCGAUGAAGUUACUACGGGAGCAAGGGCAUGGUCUCGAUAUUUCCAGCCUCUUCCAGACAUCCCUAGCACCAUACGAUUUCAUCCUCAACCUUAGAUCAAAGCUUUUUAGCGAUCGCUCAUCUUCGAUGAAAUUCAAAAAUUUGACGGAGUAUGGCUCCCAAGGGCGACGUGACAAGCUUGCAAUCGUCAAGUCGUUUGUUGGCGACAUUCAAGCAUGUUAUAGCGAAAGCCUGCUUCUUUUCCAUGGCGAGGACAAUUGCAGGAUCAUUGCAGGCCUUUGGAAUCCCCAGACGGCCAAGCCCAGGAGCUUCAAUUUAAAGACGGCAUACUCUACAUCUCCUGUCUGUACGAAGCAGGGGCAUAGUGAUCAAGUUUCCAUCAACCACCCUGCGAUUUUGAACGAAAUAGCUCGGCUAGGAACGUCUUUGAUCGACGGCAUUGAAAUACAGGAGGCUUAG